UUUCGUUUUCAUUUCCCGGAAGGUUCGAAUGUGAAAAUAUUAGGAGUUUUAUUUCUUCGAAAGUUACAUCCUGUUCGUUCUUUAUUUAAUACGAAGUUCUGGGAGAUCUCACAUGCAGUGUGUUUCAUUUUUCAGACGAGUUACAUGGGUGCUUUUUAAGAAAUAAUCUAAUUGUUUACAAUCGAACAGAUAAAGGACAUUUCCAUGGAGAACUUUCCCCCGUCACCUUUGGUCAAGCAAGAAAACAGAUCGAACACUCCUCCAUCCAUAACGUCCGGAAGGCAAGUGAACAUUCCUCUCAGUGUGCAUCACUCCCCCCCUAAACAGCUUCCCUUGCACAGCCCUCCCAUGCAGGAAGACCUCUGGCAUCUACCUGGACGUCUGCGAAUAAACCCAUCUCUGUGGGACAAGGAGGACGUUGGCCACUGGCUCCGUUGGGCUCAGAGGGAGUACUCACUGAGGCGACCUGAGAAGGGACGCUUUGAGAUGAACGGUCGUGCCUUGUGUCUGCUCACCAAGGAGGACUUCAGACGACGCUGCCCCAGCUCAGGCGAUGUUCUGUAUGAGAUUCUACAGUGUGUAAAACAGCGAAGGAGGAGUAUUGUCAAUGACCUCCCAAAUUCAUCUCCCUCCCUGGCAACUGGACCGAACCAGAGACCAGUCAACUGCCAGAUACCCCCUCAGAGUGUCCAAGAGCCCCAGCUUCCCACAGUCAGCCAAGUUUCGGCAGCUGCUGUACCAACUGUGAUCAACCAGCCUGAGCACAUGUCAGCUCUUAGAGAUCGACCCUUGAUUGUUUACACAUACCCUGCUCAACUCACACCUACUAAGGCUGUCUCUGAAAUGCCCCCAAACAAAGUUCGGUGUCCUGUCCAAUUAGAGACCGCAAAGGAGCCGCUCAACUUGUCCAGUCGGGAGAAGCCACGGAGCUCAGUGAACCACGCCAAUGGCCGCAUCCCAGAGUGCAGACUGCUGUGGGACUAUGUGUAUCAGCUGCUGUGUGAUGAUCGUUACCAAGAAUACAUCCGAUGGGAAGACAAGGACAGCCUUGUGUUUAGGGUGGUUGACCCCAACGGCCUGGCUCGUCUCUGGGGAAACCACAAGAACCGAGACAAUAUGACCUACGAGAAAAUGUCCCGGGCUUUGCGGCACUACUACAAGCUCAACAUUAUCAAAAAAGAGCGAGGACAAAAACUUCUCUUCAGGUUUCUGAAACUCCCACAUGACACAAAGAAACUACAUAUUGACCCAGUUGAGUUGCCUGAACACACUUCACCUGAGGAGACAGCAGACAGUAGUCCUACACACGAGUUCAGUGAGGACCAUUUUGAGGUUUCACCUGAUCGUGCUUCUCCACAGCAUCCUCCAUAGGAAAUUAACCAUGGAUUGAAUUUCCUAAAUACAAUACAAAAACACAGUGAUUACAGAAUAAAAUGCACUUUUAAGUGUAUAUUUUAAGGAUUUGUUUACUAUUAUAUUGCAUUCUAAUUUUAUGUGAAUCAAUGUACUUAACUGUGAUCAAUAUGAACACUAUUUCUAAGAGACAAGUAAAAAGAAGCUGUGAAAGAAAUCACAGCUAAGAUGUUUUAGGUUUGCUCAACAUAUUCUGAAAAACAAAGAUGCACUUACAUUAAAAUACAAUAUAGAUCUUGUAGUAAGUUGUGGAUAUUACUAGGAUGUCUCGUUUGUUGCAGACUGUUGUUUAAUGGGAUAAGACAAGGAAGAGUUAUUUUUCGUGUUGGAGGUAAAAUGCCAGUUUAUACAGUACAGUAGUUUAUUGUAAAAAUAAUAUGAUUAUUCAACCUAAAGACAGUGCAUUAGUGAAGUUUUAAAUUGUUUUUAGCCUAUUGGUUAAUAAUUGCUGAUGUUUUCCUGCUUGAAUAAAUAUUGUGUUAAGCACUUUUUUUAUACCAUGGUACCUGUUACUCCUAAAGCUCAGGGGUUUGGAACGAGUGAUCUUUUAUCCUGCCAUACAAAGUGUGACCCAUUUUGUAAUGUGUGGCUUCUUUGAACACCUGUUAAGGGGAAUGGGACAGUCCAAUUAUGGAAUCAAAUCUGGCUGUUCAGCAGCUCAGCCUUUUGCCAGAAGUGGUUACCACAACACACAAUUAACAAUCACUAACUUCAACAAGAUUAUGCACUCAAUCUAGUAAAAUAAAGUUGGUUAAAAAUGUGUCUUUUUAUGUAUGAUGUUAAACAAAAUAAAAGCAUAACCUUUAGGAUGUGUGGUUUGUUGUGAGACUUGUAUUUACAGCCUUCACAGCUAUGCAAGUCCGGUGUAGUGGCAUUAAAGAAAAUGAAUGUA